UUCCAAUAUCAAUCCUUCAACGAGUCUCUGCGCUUAAACCCGCCAUGGACGAGGAGAGUCUUAAGAUAUCGCUAAUCCAUAACAAUGGCGAUUUUGAUGAGUUCAGUGGGGAUCUUCCAGCCAUUGAAGGAUGGAGAGGUCUGCUCAAAGCAAGCUUGGAAGAGUCAAAGAAGCUAUGGUACCUGGCAGGUCCUGCUAUUUUCACCUCCCUCUGUCGAUACUCUCUUGGAGUCAUCACGCAGGCCUUUGCUGGUCACAUUGGCAAUCUUGAAUUAGCCGCUGUUUCCAUUGAAAACUCUGUAAUCGCUGGCUUCUCAAUGGGCAUAAUGAUAGGAAUGGCCAGCGCGCUGGAGACUCUGUGUGGGCAGGCUUUUGGAGCCAAACAACUUGGAAUGCUCGGAGUUUAUACUCAGCGCUCUUGGGUUAUAUUAAUGACUACAGCCCUGCUUCUGAGCUCGAUUUAUGUGUGGGCGACGCCCAUUCUGAAACUCGUCGGCCAAGAUGAUGAGAUUGCAGAACUGGCAGGGAAAUUUGCAGUGUGGAUGAUCCCCCAGUUAUUUGCUUACGCCUCUGUUUUUCCGCUGGCAAGGUUUUUGCAGGCGCAGAGUAAAGUUUUGGUGAUGGCGAUGGUUGCUGGUGGAGCACUGAUUGUGCAUGCUGUGUUCAGCUGGUUGGUUAUCUUUAAAUGGGGAUGUGGACUGUGGGGAGCGGCAUUAAUGCUCAAUAUCUCGUGGUGGAUCGUCGUCUUCUCACAGCUGGCUUAUGUACUCAGUGGCAGCUGCAAGGAGGCAUGGGGAGGAUUCUCUUGGGCUGCUUUUCACAACCUGGGGGCAUUUAUCCGCCUUUCCCUGGCAUCCGGUGUAAUGUUGUGCUUGGAACUCUGGUAUCUCUACAUUCUAAUACUCUUGGCGGGCUAUCUUAAAAAUCCAAGCAUAUCAGUAGAUGCCAUUUCUAUAUGUAUGAAUCUAAUGGGAUGGGAGACGAUGGUUGCUUUGGGAUUCAAUAUUGCCAUCAGUGUAAGAGUUUCGAAUGAAUUGGGAGCUGGACAUCCAAGAGCCGCAAGAUUUGCUGUGAUUAAUGUUCUUGGAACAAUGUUUGCAAUAGGAGCCAUUCUAAUGGCUGUAAUCUUGAUUACUAGGAAUGAUUUUGCAGUGGCAUUUACUAAUAGUGAUGAAGUGAUGAAAGCUGUAUCAAACCUUGCAACCUUGCUUGCUAUUACCAUGCUUUUAAAUAGCAUACAACCUGUUCUAGGAGGUGUAGCAGUGGGGGCAGGCUGGCAAGCUCUAGUAGCAUAUAUUAACAUAGCAUGUUAUUACAUGUUUGGAGUUCCUCUUGGUUGUUUGUUGGGUUAUUAUUUUGAUUUUGGAGUGAAGGGUAUUUGGGCCGGUAUGAUUUGCGGAACCACCUUUCAAACAAUUAUUCUAUGCAUUAUUACAUUUAGAACCAAAUGGAAAAAAGAAGCAUCUCAAGCUAUAGAAAGAAUUAAAGUGUGGGGAGGCCACAAUUAAGCUCGAUGAGAAACAAUUAAAACACUUGAUUUCUACAAAGUAAUUAUUAUUCUAAAUAACAUGAAGUUUGAGAUCCACAAUUCAUAAAGUAGCCGAAUAGAAAGGAGCAACAAACUACACACUUUGAUUGUAAUUUACCUAUUUGGUACAAUUUUGUGAAUGUCAUUAUUGCUAUGAUGAAUCAAUUUUGAGUGAUUCAAGAGUAUGAGAUUUUCCUUAAAAAAUAUCUCAACCCUAUUGUAUUAUUGUAUUAUGACACUUGGAAAUUUUGAUAUUUAUGAUUUACUAGCAUACAUGAUGUAUAGUCUAAUUUCCUUUAAUUUUGAAUGCUCGUAAUUUGUAUUGUCAUUGAUAGAUGAGAAUGCCCAUUGUCAUUGAAAGAUGAAUGCUAAACAUACUAGUUGUAUUCACUAGUUAUAGCAGAAUCAUAUAACUCCACGACCGAUUCGUGGAAAGUUGCAGGCAGGCAGCAUUCCAUAUUAGCAACGAUGAAAACAUGUUCUUCUGCAAAUGCUCUUUAUCCUGUGCGACUGCUAGUGGCAGCAUUAUAUAUUGUGCAGUAAAUCAACAGUGGGGAAUUAAAACUUGUAUGAAUAGAAUGAGAUCAAGAAAGUGUGGGACUAAUUGCAGGAACUCUGUGAACAUGACUGAGAGAUAACUUAGAUAUAAAUUGAAGAUAUGUGAAUUGGAUUUC